CACUGGCGGCCAGAAGAUGCUGGCAGUGAUUGGAACGGUUUUUCUCGCGCUUCUCGCCUUGUGCUACGUUUGGGUCAGGGAGCGCCGGUACCGCUUCUGGGCCGACCGUUCCGUGGCCUUCAUCGAACCGCAGUUUCCAUACGGCAACUUCAAGACGCUCGGCAAGGUCGAACACAUUGCACCCAUUACGCAGCGACAUUACGACCACUUCAAGCGGCUUGGGGUACCGUACGGCGGGGUGUUCAUGCUCACGACCCCACUGCUCUACAUUUUCGACACCGAGCUCAUCAAAACACUGCUGGUGAAAGACUUCCAGUACUUCCCGAACCGGGGCGUGUACUUCAACGAGCGCGAUGAUCCGCUGUCGGCGCACAUGUUCGCCAUCGAGGGCCAGAAGUGGCGCACGCUACGCACCAAGCUCUCGCCCACGUUCACUUCCGGUCGGAUCCGAACGACACUUCCGCUGGUGAUCGAGGUUUGCCGGCGCUUCCGGGACCACCCGCUCGUCGUGUACCUGAUGAAGGCAUUCCGAGGGUACGCAAACCGGCUCGGCAUGAAGCAACUGCACGACGAUGUUUCCCGGUUCUUCCUGGGCGUUGUCCGGGACACGGUCGAGCUCCGGGAGCGGGAGAAAAUCGUCCGGAACGACUUCAUGGAUUUGCUGUUGAAGCUGAAAAACACUGGCCGCCUGGAGGACGGUGGCGAGCAGAUUGGACACAUCACGUUCGAGGAAAUAGCGGCCCAAGCGUUCAUCUUCUUCACCGCCGGCUACGACACGUCCUCGACGGCCAUGACCUACACGUUGUACGAGCUGGCGCUGAAUCAAGCGGCACAGGAGAAGGCACGGGCCUGCGUCCGGGAAACAAUGCAGAAGUACGACGGCCAGCUUACGUACGAAGCCUUGUCCAACAUGCCGUAUCUGGAGCAGUGCAUCAAUGAGACGCUUCGCAAACAUCCACCGGUGGCGAUCCUGGAGCGCAACGCUGAUAAAGACUAUCGGAUACCAAACAGUGCGUUGGUUCUGCGCCGCGGUCAAAAGGUCAUGAUACCUAUCUACGCCAUGCACCACGAUCCGGAUCAUUUCCCCGAACCGGAGGAGUACCGGCCGGAGCGGUUCUCCCCGGAGGAGGUAGCCAAGCGUGAUCCGCACUGCUACUUGCCGUUCGGUGAGGGUCCCCGGAUCUGCAUCGGCAUGCGCUUUGGUUCGCUCCAGGCGAAGGCCGGGCUGGCCAGUCUGCUGGAUACGUUCCGGUUCAGUGUGUGCCCCCAAACGCAGAUACCGGUGCAAUACUCUCGGACCAAUUUUAUUCUAGGACCGGCGAACGGGGUUCAUCUGCGCGUCGAGUUACUGUGA